AUGAACCACGGCGACCACGGCGGACACGGCGGCCACGACAUGCCGAUGCCGAUGCCGGGCGAGCCCACGCCGCCGACGUGCUCGAUGAACAUGCUCUGGAACACGCAGAUCGAGGACACCUGCAUCGUCUUCCGGCAGUGGCACGUCUCCUCGACGGGCGCGUUCGUGCUCUCGUGCGCGGCGGUCGUCGCGCUCGGGGUGCUGUACGAGUACAUGCGCGUCGCGGUGCGGGCGCUGGACGUGCGUGUCGCGGCGACGCUCAGCGCGCAGGGCAAGGGCAAGGCGGCGGUGAGUGCGAUCCGUGCGGGGGAGGAGGACUCGGAAGAGGCGGGGUUGUUGACCGGUUCUGUGGUCGUCAAGGCGCGCGACGGGGUGCUGCUGCCUUUGUCUGCGAGGGUCACCCGCGCGUCGCUGUACGGCGCGCAGGUCUUCCUCUCGUUCUUCCUCAUGCUGGUCUUCAUGACCUACAACGCGUACCUCAUCGCGGCGACGGUGCUCGGGGCGGCCCUCGGCCACUUCAUCUUCUCGCCCCGCAUGGACAUCGACGCCGUCCUCUCCGGCGGCGCGGACGCCAAGGGCAUGGCCUGCCACUGA